AUGUCGUACAGUUCUGGCCAUCACAUGCCACACGAUACUUCUUCAAACUUAUCACAUACCAAUGCUGGUGCCUAUGGUCGACCUCCGCGAUCCCAAAUUGCGAGACUACUCAAUCACACCCCUAGAAGCAGAACCUCGUCAUUCUCAGAUGCCGAAGAUAUUGGCCAGGUGUCAGCGCCUUUGGCUAUCAAGCGAUCUAGCAGUCGUGGAAAUCGCCUGUCCAUGCUUCCGCGCCCUAGUAUUGGUAGCACAACAUCUCCAAUCACGCCAGUGUCGGCUUCUUCCCAGAAUUCUACCCAGACAAUUCCCUCCUCGCUUUCAAGCCUGGAGAUUAAGAACCCCUCGCUUUUCGUUGCUGGACAACAAUUACCCCCGCCAAAACGAACACGGAAUGUUCUUCGAAGGAAGGCACCGACAAUAGGGAAACAUGUGGAGCAGUUGCACUCUGACAAGCUUAGCCUUGUUAUUCCGCAAGAGUCCCAUUCUCUAGUUAUGAACAAUGUGUCAGGACACGAAACUUCGACAUCCUCACUUUCGGCGCAAUCGGCUUCCUCUUACAAACCAACCCACAAGAAUGACAGUAAUGUGGCGGUUAACUCUGUGAGGUCUAAGUUCAAUGGCCCGGAGGAGUUGGCAAGUCUUCGAACGACAGUUGAUACGCAAAAUUUGCCAGCGCAUCCCACACCCUUUUUAUUGUCAAGUAGCCCCUCGACAAGAUACUCGCAGUCACCGAGUAUUUGGAGUCGGGGGUCUACCCCAACAUCAUUAUCAUCAUAUUCUCCCGGUAUUACAAAGAUUGGUCGUCUGAGACAACCAAGCCCGUCUCAAACAAGGUUACCUGUCUUCUCUCCUUCGCCGCCACAUGCAAGCCCUCCGCAAGAGAGGCCGGAGCCGAAAACUCAGAAACGGGUACUUCCUACAAAGCCUUCUAGCGCAGGCUCAGUAGGAACCGGCAAAGGCCAGAAAGUGCCACCGUCUAAAUCCCCCUCUGCAGUACCCCGAGGCCCACCUCGCAGUCCGCCGCCGAGAAAGUCAUCAGUCAAUUUCAGCCCCCCCAAAGCCCCCGAAAUCGACGUUGAGCAGGCCCGGAGGGAAGUUGAGGAAGCAGAGAGGCGUCUGUUUGAGCCACUCAAGGCAAUGGAAUGUUCCCCCACACGGAAUGGGGAGACACCGCAAACCCCACCACGACCGAGCAGAGAUGGAACGCAUCGUUUGCACCUUGAAACAUCACCGAUUGUUCAAAGCAAUCUACGGUAUAUUAGAACAACAGGCCAUACAAGACGCGAGUCGAUAGAAAAGAUCCUAGCGACACAACGUCCACAUCCAACUCCCAACCCGUCUGCCGCUGCAUCAAUCGACUCGCUGCAAUCAAGAAGCAUCUCCCAAGCCCCUUCCCAGGGUGGCAGUUCUUCUGUACUAUCUAAAAAGCCACCUCGGACGUUGACUAAAGUAACUUCCAACGAGAAGCCGGAUUCAAAGCCAAUAGCAACACCAAAACGAUUCGGUAUUUUCACAAAGAAGUCCAAGCCAGACAUGUCAGAUAAUUCGACGGAGCAAGCUCGAGCAACUCGCAAAGGUCCAGCCGCGGGGACAGGUCACGAGGGAUACGGAAAAUACGGACAGCGUGGCCGUAAAGCAAGCGGUAGUAGUAGUAGUGGGACAAGAACCAGAUCAACAAGCACGACACGGAGUGCCGCCAGCAAAGGGAGUCAAUCGAGUCACCCGGAGUUGGACAUUGACGACUUUUUAAUGAGCCGUUUGGAGCCUGUCAUCAUCAAUGGCGGUGGACUAGACGGUGCGUCGUUAUCACGAACACAAAGCGAGCAGAGUUUCAGCAGCAUAAGCGUUGCAUCGACUUCGAACUUGCCGCGGCAAACUCUGCUAUCAUACUCGACUAGCCAGUCUACCGAAUCUCUCGCGACUUCGACAGGAACGUUCGGUGAGACUAUUACGCCAAGUUAUUCUAAUGGCAACAGGCCGAUGGGAAGCAAAAGCUCUGAGCACCAAUCUAAGACGAGUGAUCGUCCAAAUGCAUUGAAGUCACGCAUGCCCGUCCCAAGCGGGAAGGGACAUGCCAUGUUUGACAACCCCCAGGCUGCUGUCACAAACAUAUCUCUUCCUAGUCACGAGAAAAUUACUACCACCUCAUACCAACCGAAGCGUACUCAAAAGUCCCCGGAAAAAAUGCUCAAGCCUGAGCACAUUGAGAAACAAGGCAAGAAAGGAAAGACAUCUAUGUGGAACUUCUUCCAGAAGAACCGUGACAACGAAAAGAAGAUUUCAAUUCCUCCAAUGGCUUCAUCCCAAACCGCGAAACUUCAUGCGGCGAUCUCCCCGGUUGUGAACAGUCGGCCCAUUGCCCAUUACGCCUUGGUGGAUGCCGAUUCAGAUGAGCUCGAUGAAAUCAUCACCAACAUCGAAGACUCACCACCAACAGAGGAGGAAACAAUUUUCCACCCCGUGGAAGUUCCAAGAGGCUUGAGCAUCAGAAAAAGAAAGCCGUCAAUUCUAUUGCCAUCUCCGCCAAAAAUGCAUGGCGAAUUUGAAAAUGAUGAUCGCCCAUCGCCGAGGACUGCCAUGUUUAACCGCAACCUUAUGGCCCCGGAACUCGAGACGUCCCCUGAACAACGUCCAAGACGCUUGGCCUCUAUCGGUCGGAUUCCACCGGUAGUCUCACGACGCGAUAGACACCACCAACCUGCCAUGCAGUCCUUCUCACGUCCGUUCAGUGUUGUCGAAUCUCCUUCCCUCACGAUUCCAACGACACAAAGCUCAUACGAAUCUCCACCUAUCGCCAAUGUUCCCUUGGAUAUUGGGGUUGGUCCAAGCGUAUCUUCUGGCUGGGGUCAUGGGUUCAACCCGACGUUUAGCGCUUCCGAGCAGACCAGCGCUUUGGAGUUCCUUGCUGGACCGUUCACAACCUAUGAGUUUCUUCGAUUUCCACCAAAGAAAGGCUCAACAUCGUCAGAUAGCUCUGGAGCUCUGGCUGCAGUUACAGCCGUGGCCCCGGUUCCAGGCUCCCCACCAACUGAGGACGAGGUGUGGAACGAGUACAAUGAUCUUAUUGAUCAUGUUCUAUCUCCAGAUGAACUGAAGCCUGAGGAACCGGCAAAGACUGUAGAGGAAGGCAGAUUUGAACUUGCAACGAUGGCGAGCAGGGCUCUUCAGGACGAGUUAAAUAACACCAAUCAUCCCCAGUCAGUACCUGGUGGCAAUUCAGUCCGCUCGAGUGGCAGCUCCGUUCAUCUUCGCCGUUCUCAGAUUGUCUCUGCUUUGCAAUCAUCUACCGCUCCUUCGUCUCAGCCGUCUUACAGUGAUCUCGUUGCUGGAUAUAGAGGCUCAAAUGAGGAGAAGACCCAGAAGACGCAGGCCGACGAUCCUACCAAAAAGCCUUCAACGGACCACCGACGUGAACAGCAGUCUACGUUUCUCAACUCCCUUGCUGCUGUCCCUUCGCCCAGGCCAAAGUUCCACCGAGAACGAGAAGCCGCAUCUCCGGAGCGUGAGUGGGACGCAGUGACACAGACUAACAUGCGUUCUGCUUCUCUCAUGACUAGUCGUUGGUUGUCUUUCGGCCGGGUCCUUUUCAGCCCAGCGCAUAACCACGUCAAGGCUGGAAGCCAAGGGCGAAUUCUUGUGGUCGACGGACUAGGAAAUGACGACUGGUCUUUCUACUGUUCCUUGACGUAUCCGGAUGCCGAGGUAUACAGCUUGGGUGGACGUCCUGUAUCCACGGCACCUCCCCACCCCGCUGCAUGGCACCCCCCUACCAACCAUCACACUGUGUAUCACGCCGGACUGGGUAACCCUCUCCCCUUCCCAAAGGACUACUUCACAGUCGCCGUGCUACGAUUCCCCACUGUUUGCUCCGAAGCCGUCCAAGGCAACAUCAUCCAAGAAUGCAAACGUGUCCUACGCACCGGAGGGUAUCUCGAAAUGAGCCUCUUAGACCGCGACAUGGUUCAUAUGGGACCUCGCACGCGCAAAGCUAUCCGCCAACUAAAAGAAAUGACCUGUCUCUCAGACCCGACCCUCAGCCUAAAGCCAACCAGCGAUAGCGUCCAACGCGAGCUCGGCACCCAGGGCUUCGACAGUCUCCGCCGCUGCAUGGUCCGAAUUCCAGUAGCAGGCAUGGUCGUCCGAUCUUCCGACUCCAGCUCGUCAGCACACUCCAUUUCAACAGCUACCCCCUCCACUGCAUUUUCGCUACCUACCAUAUCCGUCACAACUGCAAGUGGUAGCCAAGGCAGGGGAACUGCCUCGAAAUCUCCCUCGAAUGAUACGAACAUCUCUCUCGGUGAUUUGCUUUCCGAUCCUUCCCCGUCUCCGGCAAACGACGAGUCAAUCGCUAAGAUCGUUGCCCGUGUCGGACGAUGGUGGUACUCAAAAUGCUACGAGGAUCCAAUUGUCUCGAAUGUAAAUUCUCAGGAUCCGAGUAUCUGGAAUGACCGCAAAGUACUCCGCGAGUGCCAGAAGCGCGGCACCGGAUUCCGAAUGUUCAUUGCAUACGCUCAGAAGCCUAGUGAGGUUCCGCGACGCACAGCGAGUGUGUAG